AUGGCGGACCCUUACGCGAGGGCCCGUCGUGACUAUCCCACUCCGGACGAAAUCGCCCGGCGCGUGGCGGCGGGCGUCUCCCCAAAUUACCGGGGAGACUACACUCUGCAGCGGAAUCGGCCGGCGAACAUUCCGCCGGAACACAACUGCUCCGUCUGGAUUACCAACCUUCCCCCCGGCGUCAACCAUAAUCAACUUCUCGGAGCCAUCCGAGAGACAGGACGCGUGUGGGCGUGCGUGAUCACGCCUCCGUCCGGCAGGUAUACGUCGGCGGCCGCGAAGGUCACGUUCUUCACGCCUGCGGCCGCGCAGACCAUGCUCGCCCGCUGCAAUGAGCCCGGUCAGCCUGGACUCGUUGUCGGCAACCACAGGGCUGCCGUUCGCCCUGAUCGGAACCCAGUUGCGGAAGCGCGGGACCCUGAGGACCACACCCGCGUCCUCAGUAUCAGGGGACCGAAGGACCUCGUCAACGAGGCUUACCUCGCGAACUACUUCUCAAGGGCGUUCGUUUAUGAGAUCGACGAGAUCAUCUGGCUCGUCGAAGGAGAGGCCAUUAAUGUUUUGGAGUGGCGGUUUGGAAGCUACCGUUGCCAGGCCCAGUGGGCUUGGCGAAACAUUCAAGAAGACGCAUACCUCCAGCAGAGAGGCGUCGUCAUCACCUUCCAACGGGAUCCCUGCGACAUAAGCAGGUAA